CCACACUCCACGAAAACGCAAAGAAAAUGACACCGGUAACAACCGUUCUGAUGAAUGGAGAACAUUAAGAGAAACACACAUCAUUUGUCAGCCGAAAAUAUCCGCGCGCAUAUAAAUGGAAGAAGGAGGAAUUGGUCCCAACAGGGAAGGCCUGGAAUGAAAAUGGGAUGGAAUUCUUCGGGAAUGCCACAACAGCCAGACGACAAUGAUUGAUAGGAGAUGAUAGAUUGUUUCAGGCUUGAAAUAUUACUAGAUUUAUAAAUACUUAGGAUAUAAAUUCUGACAGUCAAGUCAGUCGAGCGUACUAAUCAAAAUAAAUAUGGAAAAUUUGCCAUGAAGUCUAAAUACCGUAUAGAAAAUGAUUCUUCG